AAUUACUCGAGGCGUUCUUCGUGUCGGGUUCGCCGGUACCCAUGCGCAAUCUCUUGGCCCCUGACGUGUCGGCUUUCACCCGAUUUAUCAGAGGAGUCCAGGGGUGCCGCGGUAAACUGUCGCGGUACAGCUACGAGCGCUCCAACGCUCUGUCUCCGCACCUGCGUACGAAAAAGCCUUGAGGGCGAGCCGCGGCCGGCGCAACCUCGCUCCUGCGCUGACGCAGCUGAAGAAGGGCG